UCCCUCAGAUCACAUCAACCUUCCCCCAACCACAAUGAACCAGAUCCGCGCCAUCCAGGCGCUCAACAAGCGCGAGAUCGAAAACGGCGUGCCGCCCGAAGCUUCGUGGCACGCCGACUACCGCGACACGGCCUUCGUCUACUUCGGCGGCCUGCCCUACGAGCUGUCCGAGGGCGACGUCAUCACCAUCUUCAGCCAGUUCGGCGAGCCCGUCUUCCUCAAGCUGGUGCGCGACAAGGAGACGGGAAAAUCGAAAGGGUUUGGCUGGCUGAAAUACGAGGACCAGCGCAGCACCGACCUGGCAGUCGACAACCUCGGCGGCACCGAGAUCGGCGGCCGCCUGAUCCGCGUCGACCACGCGCGGUACAAGGCGCGCGACGACGAGGAUCUGGACGAUUACAGGGUCGGGUGGGAGGACAUGCUGCGCCGGGAGCGGGCCGAGAAGGGGCUGCCGGCGAGCGAGGACGAAUAUGCGACUGAAGAGGAGGCGGAGGAGGCGGCGGCGCGACAGACGCGGCCGAUGCUCAAGGAGGAGCGGGAGCUGCAGCUGCUGAUUGAGAACCAUGACGAUGAGGAUCCGAUGAAGGAGUUUCUCAUUGAGGAGAAGAAAGAGGAGGUCGAGGAGGCGCUGCGGAGGGAGAAGAGGCGGGCGGAGAAGGAGAGCAAAAAACAUCGGGACAGAGAUCGGCAUCGCCACCGCUCACACCGGUCAAGGGGUGAGGACAGCGCCGACGAGGGCCGCCGGCGAGACAGAGAGUACAGAGACAGGGGUGACCGGGACGCCGAUUGGAAUUCGAGGUCGAAGAGGGAUCAAACUCCGGUCGACGACCGCCAUGAGCACGAUCACGGGCGAAGGAGACACCGCAGGGAUUUGGCGGAGCGGGACCGCAACAGAGAAGGACGUCAUGGCAGAGAGCGGGAGAGAAAGGAAGAUCGCCGUCCCCGUGAUGAUUCGAGUGACGACGAUGACAGCAAGGAUCGUCAUAGAAGACGGCGGGAUGAGCGGGAGGGCUCUCGCGAUCGCACUGAGCGUCGGUAUCGCGAUUUAGAGGAUCGGAGACGGCGUGAUCGGGGUAAGACUCGGAGCAGAUCCCCGCGCUAGAGAGGAGUCCAUAAAAGACGUUCGAUAAGGAUGACGGCAGUCCAUAGAGGCAUGAGGUCGGACUGGACGAGAAUGCGCCGAAUAUUGAGAUACCCAACAAGCAGUAGAAGAACGGAGCGUAAAAAAUGAGCCAACUGC